GCGGCGGGCCGGGUUGAGUGGGGAGACGGCGACCGGACUUGCUGGCGAAGGGCGAGCCAGAGCAGACCGGCGGGGCGGGGCGGGAGGGCGCGAAGCCGGGCGCCUGGGAACAGUGCAGCGGCCCGGGAGACCCGCCGCCCACCGGAGACCGCAGCCGCCCGCUCUCGGCACUGAGAUGUCGGAGGGAUCCUGGCAUCGGGGACGCUGACGGUGCGAGCCGGAGGAUGGGACGGCGCCCGCAGCUCCGGCUAGUGAAGCCUGGCUUCGGAGACAGAAGAACUCCGGUGGAAAAAGAACGGGUGGUGGCGAAGCGGCUGCGGUGCUAGAGGAGGAGGAGGGGUCCGCCCACUCGAGGAACCGGCUCUACGCGAAGAAUCGCUGCAGUCUUAGGGGCCGAAGCGAUGUCCCCUUCAAGCUCUGGAGGGGGUUCCCGUCUCCUCCGGACACCCUCCGAGCCGCCCCUCUCUUGGUCCUGGGCGCGCUUUCCUGCCGGUUCCCCUCUGUAGAAAGCCUCGGGUUCCGGAGGUAGAUGCGGCCGGCGCCUCGCGGCCCUCGAUCCACGUAGCAUCUCUGGGAUGCGACCGUGCCCUGCGCCCCAGUGUCCGGCCGGCCCAGGCGCCGCAGCCUCGGAGCGCAACGCUUUCUCUCCAGCUGGCGGCCGCGCUUGCUCUUGCCACCGGGCUGGGGAAGCGGUACCGCAGCCCGGAGUUUCGUAAAGUCUCCAGUAGGCGUUUGCAGCGCCUGCUGGACGAAGUUCGGGGGCGACCUAGGGCUUUGCGGGGGUGGACAGAGCCAGGGAAGAGCUAAGUGCUUCGCAACCUGGCCCGCAGCUCAGGGACAGGCGUCACUUUGCCUGUGCCAAGCGCGUCCUGGAGCGCACGGGCUCGCUGGGUACCAGCACUUCAGCGCUGAUGCCUGGGAAGGCCCUUCUCCUCCUGGGGCUGAACCCUGUCUCCACCUCCCUACAAGAUCAGCGCUGUGAGAACCUGUCUCUGGCCAGCAAUGUCUCUGGCCCGCAGUGCAAUGCCUCGGUGGACCUCAUUGGCACCUGCUGGCCCAGGAGCCCUGCAGGGCAGUUGGUGGUUCGGCCCUGCCCUGCCUUUUUCUACGGUGUCCGCUAUAACACAACAAACAAUGGCUACCGAGAAUGCCUGGCCAAUGGCAGCUGGGCCGCCCGUGUGAACUACUCUGAGUGCCAGGAGAUUCUCAACGAAGAGAAGAAGAGCAAAGUGCACUACCACAUUGCCGUCAUCAUCAACUACCUGGGCCACUGCAUCUCCCUGGUGGCCCUCCUGGUGGCCUUUGUCCUCUUUCUGCGUCUCAGGAGCAUCCGGUGCCUGAGAAACAUCAUCCACUGGAACCUCAUCUCGGCUUUCAUCCUGCGUAACGCCACGUGGUUUGUGGUCCAGCUCACCAUGAGCCCCGAGGUCCACCAGAGCAAUGUGGGAUGGUGCAGGUUGGUGACAGCUGCCUACAACUACUUCCACGUCACCAACUUCUUCUGGAUGUUUGGUGAGGGCUGCUACCUGCACACGGCCAUUGUGCUCACAUACUCCACUGACCGUCUGCGCAAGUGGAUGUUCAUCUGCAUUGGCUGGGGUGUACCUUUCCCCAUCAUUGUGGCAUGGGCCAUCGGGAAGCUGUACUAUGACAAUGAAAAGUGCUGGUUUGGCAAACGUCCUGGAGUGUACACUGACUACAUCUACCAGGGCCCCAUGAUCCUGGUCCUGCUGAUCAACUUUAUCUUUCUCUUCAACAUUGUCCGCAUCCUCAUGACCAAACUCCGGGCAUCCACCACGUCUGAGACUAUUCAGUACAGGAAAGCUGUGAAGGCCACUCUGGUGCUGCUGCCCCUUCUGGGCAUCACCUACAUGUUAUUCUUUGUCAACCCUGGGGAGGACGAGGUCUCCAGGGUCAUCUUCAUCUACUUCAACUCCUUUCUGGAGUCCUUUCAGGGCUUCUUCGUGUCUGUGUUCUACUGUUUUCUGAACAGCGAGGUCCGCUCUGCUAUCCGGAAGAGGUGGCAUCGGUGGCAGGACAGGCACUCGAUCAGAGCCCGAGUGGCCCGAGCCAUGUCCAUCCCCACCUCCCCCACCAGAGUCAGCUUCCACAGCAUCAAGCAGUCCACAGCAGUGUGAGCUGCAGGCCACAGAGCAGCCCCCAAAUCCUGAGGCUGGGGGAAUAACACAAGCUCCCUGGCGAGCCUGUCUGCAGAGGCAGUCGGCCUUCCCAAUCCUACCCCUGGGCUGCAGACCUGAGCACCUGCCCAGCUGUAGAUGAUGGCUCAGAGCACUGGGCUGGACCCACGGAAUCUGGCUCCCUGCUGCCCAUUCUUCUCGGAGAGUGGGGGCUAGAAACCCUGAAGAAGUUUAAUGGGCCCUGUGAAAGCUGUCUUUUCCCAAAGCAGCUCACCGAAGAUCUUUAGUCUUCAGCAGCUGUGGGGAGGCCACCUGCUACCCCAGGGCAUCAUGGGAAACUCUCUCCUGUGAUUGUGAAGCCUCUGAAUCUUGGCGAUGCCUUUGGAUGCUACUGAGAACCAAUGUCACAUGCUCCAGUCAGAAGACCUGGAGAUAGCGGUAGAAAUCUGGUGGCAUCAUCAGAUAGCACUCCACCACCCUAGAAGCCACUCCUGAGCCACCAGAAUGUCAUCAGCACCAUGGCACUGCCACUGGAAAGCCCUGCCUUGCUGCCUUGCACCCUUAGAUGUUUACUAUUCUGCAGGCCAAUCCAGCUUUGUGUCACUUACCCACUGACAACAGUCCCCCUGCCCUGAAAUCCUACCACCUCUUGCCUCUGGGUGUCUUCUGAUUUGUGAGAAGGUGGGGGUUGGGAAGGGGACUGAGUUGCCUGUGAGGGAGAAUCAAGUGGGCCCAGCCUUUAAGGAAGUAGUGUCCCCUGGGUGCCCAGGCCACUAGUUUUGUUGGCUGGCCUCUAGAACACGCUCAUGGGCUGAGUGAAGCAAGAAGGGCCCUGUGCUCAAGUGCCCUGAACCAGGACAGGCGGCUCCUGGGACAACUAACUGACAGACCCCUUACUCCCAGGCGUGGAAUGGUCCAGCUCUUGCUCUGUCAGAGGGCUGAGGCGCUAUAUAGCAGGACCAAGGUGGGGGGGGGGAGUUGUGAUAUAAAUAAUAUUUAUCUUUUCAACUACCUUUGUGGAGGUUUGCACUCUCCUGGGGCUGGGAGUAAGCCAGAGGGGCCCUCUGAGAAGUAGAAAUCAGGGACUACUGCCUAGCACAAAGCCUGAUCCCACUCACACCAUCCAGGAUGAGCAUGAAGGCUGGAGGCAGAGUAUGAACUCCAGACAUGAAGAUGUAGGUGUGACCAAGGAUACUUACUUAGUAAGAAACAGCUCUCGGGGGCUGGUGAGAUGGCUCAGCAGUUAAGAGCACUGGCUGCUCC